UCACACUCCCCCCUUCAUCCUUUACAGCCCACCAGAAGCUGUGAAUGGUAGACAGCUCCUCGUAUUUCGCUCCACUUGUGAGCAGAGUGAGUGGAGAGUGAGCAGAACGCACAGCUACAGUCAGCGAUCCUCUGAUGUCAUGUAAAAUAACUGGAGGAAAAGAGGAUAUUGUUAAAUAAAAGGACAAAAACUGUACUUUAAAGUCAGUGACAUAAACGUGUGUUUUUUUUUUGUUUUUUUUUUUUAAUUCCUUGGAUUUUUGUGCGCGCUAAAGUGGCCAUGGCGCAUUUUACGCACUGCAGGUAACCAGUGUUUUGGAGCUCAAACAAACAAGGAACAUGGAUUAAAAAGCAAGUAAGUUCGCCUUUACUUCAGGAGAGCUCAAAUGGCGGCACUUCGUAGAAAAUUUGGCGAGGACUACCAGGUGGUUAACACAAAUCGGGCAACUACUUUCUCUGCUCCGGUGAAGAAGAAACGACAGCGCUUCGUGGACAAGAACGGUCGAUGCAACGUGCAGCACGGGAACCUCGGCGGAGAGACCAGCAGGUACCUCUCUGACCUCUUCACCACUUUGGUAGACCUGAAGUGGCGAUGGAACCUGCUCAUAUUCAUCCUAACUUACACCAUCGCCUGGCUGGUCAUGGCAUCUAUGUGGUGGAUCAUCGCUUACAUCAGGGGAGACUUAAAUCACGGCCACGACUCGUCCUACACCCCAUGUGUGGCCAAUGUUUACAACUUCCCCUCAGCUUUUCUGUUCUUCAUCGAGACUGAGGCCACCAUCGGCUACGGCUACCGGUACAUCACAGAGAAGUGCCCCGAGGGCAUCAUCCUCUUCUUGUUCCAGUCGCUGCUGGGCUCCAUAGUGGACGCUUUUCUCAUCGGCUGCAUGUUCAUCAAAAUGUCUCAGCCUAAGAAACGCGCAGAGACGCUCAUGUUCAGUCAGGAUGCAGUGAUUUCUCAGCGAGACGGCAAACUGUGCCUCAUGUUCCGGGUGGGCAACCUGCGGAACAGCCACAUGGUGUCCGCUCAGAUCAGGUGCAAACUCAUAAAGUCUCGUCAGACACCCGAGGGCGAGUUCCUGCCUCUGGACCAGUGUGAGUUGGAUGUCGGUUUUGGGACGGGUGCAGACCAGCUCUUCCUGGUGUCCCCUCUCACCAUCUGCCAUGAAAUCAAUCCCAAGAGCCCCUUUUUCGACCUUUCCCAGCGCUCCCUCAUGAACGAACAGUUUGAGAUUGUCGUAAUACUUGAGGGCAUCGUGGAGACCACUGGUAUGACAUGCCAGGCACGGACAUCAUAUACCGAGGAUGAGGUUUUAUGGGGCCAUCGCUUCCUGCCAGUGAUGUCCCUGGAGGAGGGUUUCUUCAGGGUGGACUACUCUCAGUUCCACAGCACGUUUGAGGUACCGACACCAGCGUACAGCGUCAAGGAGUAUGAAGAGAAGAAUUCACUGCCCUCGCCUCUAUCCACUCCCACCCCUGCACUGACUGAGAGCCAUGGCGCCCGGCGUGACCGGGUGUUUUCUGUGGAUUGCAUCAACACUUCAGAGGAAAGGGGCCGUCAGGGAGGGACUGUGGGUCGACUGCCAAGCAAGCUGCAGAGGAUGAGUUCAUCCGGGAAGGAGGACCUGCAGAGGAAGGUGCUUCUGCUCAGCUCCCAGCACUCUGAGAAGGCAUGCAGCACAGGAGACCUGCCACUGAAACUGCAGCGCCUCAGCUCCUCGCCAGGACCCGAGGCGGAGAAUCGGCUGCAACUUAAGCCCUUCAAGGUGGGCUUUGACCCCAUGACCCAGUCUACGGGAGACCUGUACCAGCACAGCCUACAGCCCACAAUGUCCCCUGCUCCGGUGCCCAUGCACAGCCCUCUGCUCUCAGCUGGAGGGAGGCCGGAGGACAAUCUGCCGGCGAAGCUGCGGAAAAUGAAUGCCGAUCGCUGAAACCCAGACAGUCCCUGAGCACAACAGCAGACUCCCACUGACCUCCGACCAGACAGACAGGAGGAGACACGCAUGGAAACAGAUUCAGAGAGCUACUCUACCUUGAGAGGCACCGAUAAGAAAAAACAGAUGGUGUACUGACAAUUUAUAUUUAUUUUUUCUUGAGUCACAACCUUUACUGGAAUUACUGUGAUUUUUGUGCUUCAUAGCAGAGGCAUUCAUGCAGGCUUUAUUACACACAAAACAACAAGACAACACAAACUUCAUGCUUAUUGCGAACUUGAUCAUCCUGCAAGAGUUGUGCAUGUAUACACUAAAUCCAUUGUUUAAUGUAUGCAACACCACACUUAAUAGUUAAUCUUAGUUUUAUCUAAAUAUAAAUUAUAUUACAAUGAUAAUAAAUGAUGUUUGAUCCUUC